CGACGGCGCAGCUGGCCGGCCGGGUGAGGAAACGAAAGUGAGGGAGGAGGAGGUUGCAGGGCCAGGCUCGGCGGUGAUAGUGGCGGCCUGACCCCUCGUCUCCGCUCGCCGGCAGCUCGCCCCAUCCCCUCAGCUAACAAUGAAGAGGAGAACUGAUCCAGAAUGCACUGCCCCCCUCAAGAAACAGAAGCGAAUUGGGGAAUUUACCCGGCACCUCAGCUCUACAUCUGAUGAUGAACCUCUCUCCUCUGUCAAUCAUGCAGCAAAAGCAUCUACCACAAACCUUAGUGGAUCUGACAGUGAGACUGAGGGGAAGCAACCCUGCGCGGAGAGUUUUAAGGAUGACUUCAAAGCAGAUUCCCUUGUGGAGGGAACAUCUUCUCGCUAUUCCAUGUAUAAUAGUGUUUCCCAGAAGCUUAUGGCCAAGAUGGGCUUCAGGGAAGGGGAAGGAUUAGGUAAAUACAGCCAGGGUCGGAAGGACAUUGUGGAGACCUCCAAUCAGAAAGGCCGACGUGGUUUGGGUCUGACACUGCAGGGUUUUGAUCAGGAGCUGAAUGUGGAUUGGCGGGAUGAGCCGGAGCCCAGUGCCUGUGAGCAGGUGUCGUGGUUUCCGGAAUGUACCACCGAAAUUCCUGACUCUCGGGAAAUGAGUGACUGGAUGGUUGUGGGAAAGAGAAAGAUGGUUAUUGAAGACGAAACAGAGUUCUGUGGGGAAGAGCUGCUUCACAGUGUGCUGAAAUGUAAGAGUGUGUUUGACAUCCUGGAUGGGGAGGAGAUGAGGCGAGCUCGUACCAGAGCCAAUCCCUACGAGAUGAUCCGAGGAGUCUUCUUCCUUAACAGGGCAGCGAUGAAGAUGGCUAACAUGGAUUUUGUGUUUGAUCGUAUGUUCACAAAUCCCCUGGACUCUCAAGGGAAGCCACUGGUGAAGGACCGGGACAUUGACCUUCUGUACUUUGCGGAUGUCUGCGCAGGCCCAGGUGGCUUCUCAGAGUACGUGCUGUGGAGGAAGAAGUGGCAUGCAAAAGGCUUUGGGAUGACUCUGAAGGGCCCUAAUGACUUCAAACUAGAGGACUUCUACUCAGCCUCCAGUGAGCUCUUCGAGCCGUACUAUGGUGAGGGCGGGGUCGAUGGGGAUGGAGAUAUUACCCGUCCGGAAAACAUCAAUGCAUUUCGGAAUUUUGUCCUGGACAACACAGAUCGCAAGGGUGUCCACUUUCUCAUGGCAGAUGGGGGUUUCUCUGUGGAGGGGCAGGAGAACCUGCAGGAGAUCCUCAGCAAGCAGCUGCUGCUGUGUCAGUUCCUCAUGGCGCUGUCUGUUGUCCGGACAGGGGGGCACUUCAUCUGCAAAACCUUUGACCUCUUCACACCCUUCAGUGUGGGGCUCAUCUACCUGCUAUACUGCUGCUUUGAACGUGUGUGUCUCUUCAAGCCCAUCACCAGCCGGCCUGCCAACUCAGAACGGUACGUGGUGUGCAAAGGUCUGAAGGUGGGCAUAGACGAUGUGCGGGAGUACCUCUUCUCUGUGAAUAUUAAACUCAACCAGCUGCGAAACACUGAGUCUGAUGUCAACCUGGUAGUUCCCUUGAUGGUGAUCAAAGGAGACCAUGAAUUCAAUGACUACAUGAUACGGUCUAAUGAGAGCCACUGCAGCCUGCAGAUCAAAGCUCUGGCCAAAAUCCAUGCCUUUGUACAAGACACCACCCUGAGUGAGCCUAGGCAGGCAGAGAUCCGGAAAGAAUGCCUCCGACUGUGGGAGAUCCCAGACCGGGCUCGAGUUGCUCCUUCUUCUUCAGACCCAAAAUUCAAGUUUUUUGAGCUAAUCAAGGACACUGACAUCAACAUCUUCAGCUACAAGCCCACACUGCUCACUGCCAAAACCCUAGAGAAGAUCCGUCCUGUGCUGGACUAUCGCUGUAUGGUGUCUGGCAGCGAGCAGAAAUUUCUCCUGGGCCUGGGGAAGUCCCAGAUCUACACGUGGGAUGGCCGCCAGUCAGACCGAUGGGUGAAGCUGGACCUGAAGACAGAGCUGCCCCGGGAUACACUGCUCUGUGUGGAAAUUGUGCAUGAGCUGAAAGGGGAGGGGAAGGCCCAACGGAAGAUCAGUGCAAUCCACAUCCUCGAUGUCCUGGUGCUGAAUGGCAGCGACGUCAGAGAGCAGCACUUCAACCAGCGAAUUCAGCUUGCUGAGAAAUUUGUGAAAGCGGUCUCCAAGCCCAGUCGGCCUGACAUGAAUCCUAUCAGGGUGAAGGAGGUAUAUAGGCUGGAAGAGAUGGAGAAGAUUUUUGUCAGGUUAGAAAUGAAGCUUAUCAAGGGUUCCGGUGGCACGCCAAAGCUCAGCUACACAGGACGGGACGACCGGCACUUUGUACCCACAGGCCUCUACAUUGUCAGGACCAUGAACGAGCCAUGGACUAUGGCAUUCAGUAAGAGCUUCAAGAGGAAGUUCUUCUACAACAAGAAAACCCAGAGGUCUACCUUUCACCUCCCUGCAGAUUCCAUUGCUCCAUUUCAAGGCCAGUGUUCUGUCCUGAGCCUCCGUCAACUCCAGGCGAGACCUCCUUCACCUGACCAUCAGUCUUGAAUGGGCUGCCUGCAUCUGAUCCCAUCUUCAUACUGCACAGCAUUCCUUUAUUCCUCUCCAUGGGACCUUUUAAGGUGAGCAGAGCUGGGGUGACUUCCUUCUGAUCAAGUCCACCUUAUUUACUGGCUGUUGUCACUAUAAGUCAGUCUGGUCACUACCAUAGCUCUUGCUACCCGGGCACUCCUGGAGGCCUCCUUGACCCUGCCUGUCUCUAGAAAAUGAGUUCAUUCAGCGUGCUCCUGGGACCUCCACUUCAAGUCCAAGUCUCCUUUUCCCAUGCAUGCUGCAUUUUCUUCAGUGGUGGUCACAGACCAGGGCACAGAGUUUAAAGAAACGGGUAGCACAAUGCUACCUUCCCAGCUGCUCUUCUCCCCUCCCUUCUGCACAAGAACUUGGGAACAUCCCUUUAUCUUUGAGACAGAAGUGCCUCCCUUGGUGUUCCUCAGCUAGUCAGCCAGAGAUAUUUACUCACCAGACAGCAAACCGUGGGGCUCUUUAUUGCCCCUCUACUGAGCUGGAGGACACGACAGUACCAUGCCCUUCUGUUACAGCCACUGGGCAACCAGAGAGGGAAAGGCCCCCACCUCCGUCUUGUGCUUGAAAGGUUGAUUGGUCCCUGGUAGGGAGUAGAAGGGAAACUGCAUGGCUGAGGAUGGCUGACUCACAUAGUCCAGUGGGCAUAAAGUAGGGCGAGGAGGAUGAAGAUGGCCACUGAGAGUAACAUGUUCUUCCGAUUUUCUUGGCGAAGCAGCUUUAGCUCUUUCUCUGGGAGGAAAAAGAUGGGAACAAGAGAGAACACUAACGCCCACCUAAUUGCUUCUCCCACUCAGAAUGGACACUCUGAUAAAGACAGAAAUGUCUCCUUCCAGCUACUCAUACCCAAAAACCUGGCCAUGUAUGUCCUUGGCGUGCCCACACGCUAGACUGAGACCUAGGAGUAGGCCUGACUUGCUCAACCUUUUCUCUGAGUGCAGUAGGGUAAUGUGCAAGGCCAUCAAAGGAGCUCAUCCUUCAGGAGUCUCCAGCCAGCUGUUAAUAGUUCACCCUGAGGCCAGCUGCAGCCUCCUUGGGCUCACACAGUUCCUGAAUUCCUGCUGUCCGAAGGUACACUAGAAAGAGCCCCAAUACUCUUGAGCUACAUCAUACCCAGUCAUCACUUGUGCAAUGGCAAAACUGAUGUCCUGGCCAUCCACCCCACCUAUUCAAUGGACUGGGAGAACGGCCAGAUUGAUCCUCUGAGUAGAGAAGGAAUGGGACACAGCUGAAGGGUCUGCAGACCACAGUCCUAGCCUCAGGGAUCUAAUGCUCUGCUUCCAGCACCAGAAGGUGGCAGCAUUGCUCUACCCACAGAAGCCCUUUCCUGCCCA